CGCUGAGGGCGGGAAGCGCUCUGCUCUCUGGGGAGGCCGCGCUCCAGAAGUGAUGCUGGCAAAGCUGUGCCCUCUGUAGGCGGGGUAGAACAAAACCCUUUGCUUCCUAAGUGUGAUCUGGGUCUAGUGUGAAUUCCUCUAGUGUUUCAUCGAGGUUCCUGCCCUGAAGUACUCGCCAGAGGGGCUGUGUGUCAUUAAAUGCAAGAGCAGUGGAGAGAAAUAACCAACACUGCAGAAAACUCAAGAAAUGAUGAAAAGUGAUAGCCAAACCCAGAACCUUGAGGGGAUAAUUAAAGAGCUGUGCAUAUGUAAUGGAUUGUCUUAUGAGAACAUUGAUCAAGAGGGACUGAAAACAACAGCGCUGGAGAUGUUUUUUUCAGGUUACCCUAGAAUUGUAGGCAUGAAAUAUUUCCCAAAUCUAACUACUCUCACUCUUGUUGGGCAACGUAUUGAAAACAUUACAGACCUGAAGCACUGCUUGUUGCUCAGAGAGCUGUGGAUUGCUGAAUGUUGUUUAGUGAAAAUAGAUGGUCUACAAAACUGUGUAAAUUUAGAAAAGCUUUACCUUUAUUGCAAUGAAAUUUCCAAGAUUGAAAAUCUGGAAGCCCUAACAAAGCUGAAUGUACUUUGGCUGAAUAAUAACCAGAUCAAGAACAUUGAGGGCUUACAUACUCUGCAGAAUUUGCAAGAGGUCAACUUUGCUGGAAACUUAAUAGAAAAAAUAGGAAGUUGCUUGGACUUCAAUACAAAAAUUGAAAUCAUAAACCUCUCUGGUAACAAAUUAUCUUCCUUCAAGGAACUCACCAAUUUGUCAAGACUACCUAAUUUAAAAGAUUUGGCCCUAAAUGAUCCUCUGUAUGGACCCAACCCUGUCUGCCUUCUUUCUAAUUAUGCCAUCCAUGUGCUGUAUCAUUUACCACGGCUUCAAAGGUUUGAUACGUAUGAUGUUUCUCAAAAGCACAUCAAGAUUCUGGCAGAGACCACAGUUAUGAAAAAAAUAACGUACUAUCGCAUGCAUGUAAAAGGUGUUCAGAGACAGCUCCAUGACAAGCUCGAGGAGCUAAAAGAAAAGAAAUGCAGAUUGCAGAAUUUGCCUGAAAAUAAGAUAAAGUUGUUCAGCUGCAACAUAAAACAUCUGGAAUGUGAACUGGACAAGAUGGAAAUGCAGGAUAAAACAUCAAGUAAUGAAUCCCAAAGGAGCAAGAAUCUGAAAAGUGAAAAUUCAGUUCAUGAUAAGGAAGAUAUAGAAAAGGCACGCCUUCAAAAGGCAUUCGUACGAAAAAUAAAUGCCAUGAAGGAAAGAAUAACAUUCUGGAACAGAAAACUGGAUGAAAUUGAAAAAGAUUACCAAAUGGAAAUUAAGAAGAAGAAGAAGAGUUUUAACUUGUUAGUACAAUUCUUGUUGUUGGAAUUGGAAACAGUGGGAAACAUUCACUUUGAAGAAGGAUUAUCAAAUAAGCCCUGGUUUAGCUCCUGCUGCGAUCUAAUUCAAUCACGAUUUAGUAACAGGGAUUUCAGAGCAUAUGAUAUCAUUGGAGUGAAAAUAAACCGUGUAUUUAGAGUGCACAAUGAAAUUCUGAGGCUGAAAUUUGAAGAGAAGAUCCAAAUGUUUCUGGAAAAAGAAACUUUCAAUGUAGCAGAAAACUACAAAGAGAAGAUGGAGUAUCUGUUUUAUGUAUUUAAUCCUGAAUUGUCAGUUAAGGAAAAGCAGCUGCUUCAGAUACUGGGGGAUGGCUUUCAUGACCUGGAAAUGCAUGUGCAGCCUGGGAGGAAUGAAGCUGUUGUUCUUUGUAACAGUCUAAGCAUAUGUGAAUGUCCCAGAAUAGAGUUUCUGAAACAACAAGCCAAGGCUGAAGGCAAAAACAGGAGUGAUCCUGAGGAGUCAUUCAGGCAUGGGACAGUGAUCAUCGCAAAAGUUUUCCUUGGCCACAGUGCUCCAGUUUGUCCAAUGAAUCCCAUCUGUCAAGUCAAUUACCCAGAAGCUAAUUCAGUAUUCAGGCCAUGGAAAUGCCUAGAAAGGGAUGCCUCUAUUUCAGAUAAUGAAAUGCGGGCUUCUUUGGAACAGAGAAAUCGUGACUGCAGUGGGCGGCAGUGUGAGUGGUUUGUGUUUGACCAUGAACUGGUCCUGCCAGAAUACAUCGCCGAGUUUGAGUACGUUACACUGGUCAAAGACAAGUCUCUGUUUUCAACAUGCAAUAUAAUUAUGGAAGAGAGAAAGAGAAGCACAGAAGUAUUUAUUCUGUCUCAUGACUUGCAACGUGAUGAUGAAGUUCUGAACAUGGAACCAACAGUAGAAGUGAGGCCUAAGAUUACUUGUUUAGAUGAAGAAAAAAUACUUUCAGUAGCUAAGACCAAUAUCUACCGUCAGCUACAGGUCUUGAAUCUGCAUGGAAACCGCCUGAACAAGCUGCAGAAUAUCUCUAGAUUUAAAACACUUCGAAAGCUUAUCAUCAGCUUUAAUGAAUUUCCUUCCUUAAAUGAUAUUUAUGACUUGCCCAACCUGGAGUAUUUUGAUGCAAGCCAUAACCAUGUGAUCACUCUUGAGGGCAUUAGAGGUUUGAGCAAACUGCAAUUCUUCGACCUGAGCUGGAAUCAGCUGAAAAAGUCCAAGGAAGUUAUAAACAUCUUAUGUAAACACACUCCCAGUUUACAAAGCCUGGACAUCACACACAACCCAUGGUAUAAGCCCACCUCCUUGCGGCUCAGUGUCAUUGGUCGAUUGAAGACCCUCACUAACCUAGAUGGAGUCCCAGUUACUGAUGAAGAAGCUGCAGAAGCAGUACGCUAUAUUGCAGGAUCAAAGAUAACCCAGGCAUCACUGUUGGAAUAUUCUAGGACUGAUGAAGAAAAACCCCCCAUUCUCAGUGUAUUUUCUUGUGCUACAGUUCUGUCUCAAAUCAGCAAGAACAGGGUGGAUUUACAGAUACAUCAUAAUAACUGGUAUUCAGUGAUCACUGUCCUAAAUCUGGAUGACCAACAUCUCUUCAAAAUUUCCAACUUGGAAAAACUGGAGCAUUUAAGAUGGGCAUCAUUUAGCAACAACAAUCUCACACAAAUAGAAGGACUAGAGUCUUGUCUUAACCUCGAAGAACUCACUUUAGAUGAAAACUGCAUUUCAACACUUGAUGGAAUUUCAAAGCUCACCAAACUGACAAGACUCAGUGUCAAUAAUAACCAUCUUACCAGCCUCAAAAGACAUGUGUUUGAGAAUCUGUCUCAUCUUCAUUACAUUUCUGUUGAGAACAACAGGAUCACGUCAUUAGUUGGUUUAAAGAAUACAUACUCCCUAACAGAAUUAUACAUGAGUAAUAACUGUGUUUCUACGAGCCACGAGAUGUAUCAUUUAAAGGGUUUAACUAAUCUGAUGAUUCUGGACAUGAGUGGAAAUAGAAUAGUCUGGAAACAAGAUAACUACCGGCUCUUUGUGUUAUUCCAUCUUCCCUCUCUCCAAGCUUUAGAUGGCAUAUCUGUAGAACCUGCAGAAGGAGAAUGUGCAAAAGAUUUGUUUGGAGGCAAACUCACUUCUGACAUGAUUGCAGAUAGGCUGGGACAUUCAGACUUCACAGAAAUGCAAGAAUUAAAUUGGACAAACUCUAACAUAAGAGCUGUAGAGCUGGUGCCAGCAGAUGAGUUUAGAAAUGUCAACAACGUGAAUUUACAGAACAACAAUCUCACGUCUUUCAGUGGAUUAAUCUUCCUUCCUAAUGUCAAGGUAUUAUGUCUGAAUUACAAUCACAUUGAAUCAAUACUGCCUGGACAAAAGUCUGCAAAUGAGAUAACAAAUAGGCAGCAACUGCACCGGAAGGUGGUCUCUAGUGGGUACGGACAAGAAGAAUAUACCAAAGGAAGAAGAGAUGCAGGGUUUGGAGAAAAUCUGCCUCCGAUAAUGCAGAGUUUGGAAGUUCUUCAUCUCGGCCAUAAUGGCAUUACUGACAUGGCUCACCUACAGCUUGGAAGGCUAAAAAACCUGAAGUUUCUAUUUUUGCAGGGAAAUUUUAUCAGCCAAAUUGAAGGACUUGAAGAUCUCCAGCUUCUGCAGGAGUUGGUGCUGGACCAUAACCGCAUUAAAAGAAUUUCACAAGGCUCUCUUGCUGGACAGAGUGGUCUUCAGAGUCUUCAUCUAGAGAAAAACCACAUACGAGAACUGAACGGUUUAAAACCCUUGGUAAAAUUACAGAAACUCUUUCUUCAGUUCAACAGAAUUCAGGAAUUAUCCGAACUAGAAAAACUUCAAGUUAUUCCGUGUCUCAAGGUGCUCUCACUGCAUGGAAAUCCAGUUUAUCUCAAGAAGAACUACCGCUCAUUGCUUAUCAUUCAGCUGCCAGCGCUACAAGUGUUAGAUGGAGUUGCAGUAAAUGCAGAAGAAAGGGAUUUCCCAGUUGCAAACUCCACAAAGGACUCUGGAUUUCCUGCACUGCCAGACAAUUUUACAAGACGCACUCCUCUCAAGAUAUCAACAGUGGAUCUCAAUGAAAGCAUUAAUCAUUUAUUUGAUCUUACAUUUGCUCAUAAAGUUGAAGAGCCUCUACUGGAUAAGUCAAAUAAAAGUACGCCUAGGAAGCCAGAAAUUACAUCACAUAGUCUUCGAAGCAGCCAUGUAGAAAGAGCUCUUAGGCAAGCCAAAGGAGCAGCAACUAAUCUUAGAAACAAUUUGGUGCCUCACAGUGCUACUUCUCAAACCAGCCAACUGCAUACGAACAACAGAGAAAAUGCGGGCAGGUGAAAACUCUUACCAACUCUAAACACAGCUUUCUUAAGAGGGGGUUAGGGCCAAAGUACCUCUCUUCCUCCUUCAUUUGACUGAUGUGCAAGAAAACAAUACUUUUUUCUCCAAAUGCUGCCAAGUUUUCUUUCUCUGAUUCCAGAUCCACCAAAACUGUGUUUUAUCUCUUUCUUCUGAUAAAACGUGCAAUGCAUCUGUGAAAACAUCCUAGGAAACAAUUUAAAAUUUUGCAGUUAAAACAAUGAAUAUUAAAUGGAGCCAGCUGUUUGAUAAAAAUAAGGUUGUAUCUACCAAAUCCCCGUUUAAUCUUGUUCUGUCAUCAGCUCAAAACUUCAUUUUGUUUUGUAUUUCUGUUGCCCGGAUUCCAGUUUUGUUUAGUAAUCGAGAAUAUUAAGUAUGGGAGCAGAAGUGCAAGAGUGAAGCUGUUACUGUGGUUAAUUAUGUCUAUUCAUUGGCAUGUAAACAGCAGUAUCUUUCUAUUACUUGAUGCCAACAGCCGAAAUGAGACAGGUAUGUUACACCAGCAUUUCUUAGUGUAUCAAACAUUUAUCCACUAUAGGAAAGUGGACAGCUCUGGCACUAAGACAUUUCUAACUUGAUUAAUGUUUGCUGCCUCAGGAGAUCCCAUCAAAGUCAGCUGUGUAAAUGAGUGAGGUGACUCUGUGUAGUCAGUAGUGAGCUGUUCGGUUUUUUUGCAAGAUUAGUCUCAAAUUAGUGUUUUUCUUACAUAUACUUAAUACAUUUUUAUACUAGAAACUAUGAUACAAGCCCUGUUUUUUCUUGCUAGAAAAAAAAAUCAUUGGGCUAUAUUUUGCCAUCAAGAAGGAGAGAGCUAGUUAAGGGCUUGUUCCCAGAGGUGUUUCUCACACAAUCAUCUUCAGUUGGUUUUUGGAUAGGCACAGAUACAACAGGAGCAGUUUCCAAAGGAAAAUGUACUUCCGGUGACCGAUAUGACCAAACCUCUAGAGGGAAACACUUUAAAUAAACUUGAUUUAAUCAGGUAGUGCUGUGCUGACUCAGAUGUUACAGACGAGAAAGCAGGUCAGAGGAAAUGAUAUUAUUCAUGAUGGCUGUUCUAUACAAUGCAAAAUUCCCCCAGCCUAGUUUGAAGCUGGCCUCUCCGUAUAACCGCGUCCUACAUUAAAUGUGUACUACCGAGGAUCCUUCUGCAGGAGCUUCUCUUUACACUUCUCAGAUAGGGCAGAUGAAAUGCCACAGCAAAUACCCUCUCUUGAUCACUGCGUUUCCAUUUCUUCACAUGCCACACGUUCUUUGAUCCAUUCCUAUUUCCCUCAGCAUGUUAUAACAUUGCAGAACUAUGCAUAGAAUCUGGGCGGUUCCAAUUUAAUCUUUUCUUCUUAUGAAAUCCAGCAUACUAAAAGAAGAAGAGGACAGCAAAGGCACCCAGACAUAACAAAUGUUUGCCUCUGAUUAAGCAACACCAGUCAUGUCAUCUCAGAUUAGAUGAAAUGCUGUUUUAGAACAGGUCAGGCCUUUUUCCACCUUUUUCACCUUUCCCCUCGUGGCAUCAAUUCAGGCAGAGUUAAAGCUAUUCGGGUAUCAUAACACAACUCUUUUUACCUUGCUGUGGUUAGAUUUCCUUGAAAUAUUAUCUUCCCUGAAUUUCUUAACUUUAUAAUGCAUAGUUUGAGGAUAUCUGUAGCUUCUCUUAGCAUUUCACCUAUAAAAGUUACUGACAUUUCCUUCAUUUCUAUUUUAAUUUUAUUUUUUUAAUAUUGAUAAAUCUUACAUACAACCUUAUAUUAAAAAUUGAACGGGAAUGUUGUCAUGCAAUACUUUUCAUUAGUUCUGUUAUACAAGAUCUAUCUUCAGUCAGUAUUUAUUUAUUUUUCUGACAUCAGGGAAGAUUCACUGAUACAUCAAAGCAGGAGGACUACAGUAAUUAUUUAAGCUAUAUUUAUAGUCGCUUUGCUUCACCUGAAAAAGUGCAAAGAUAUGAACUCACACUUCUCUUCCUUAGUCUGUAGUCAAAUAGUUUGUUAGUACAAUAAUGCGAGUUCAACUUUGACUGUAUAUCCAUGCAGGGAGGAAGGUCCUCAUUUCCACCAUUAAAAAAAAAAAAGUGUUAAGGUUCCUUCAGCUCUUUUUUACAGUGUUCUUUCAAAUUCAGCCCCAUGCUCCAUCAAUAUGCAAGGUACCUUGCAGACAGGAGAUCUUUUAGGACAGUUAAUGCUCCCGUUGGAAUGCCAUGCUAGUGAGCCACUGCACCGCGGAAUUGCUUCAUGAGCAUUCGCAGCAGGAGGCCACAGGGCAAGCGGCUGGUGGACCACAGGAAGGCAGGUACCCUUUGGAAUAAGCUGAAUAUUUAUCCUAGGUUUGUGUUAAUCAUAACACUUAUUAUGAUUGCUAUUAAUAACUUAAGCUUACUUCCAUCUAAUUUGUUCAAAUGUGGUCUAUGUACAGCAUGUAUUUAUACUGAAAGUUUAAAGCACAUGUAUCUUUCCUUUGUUGUGGUCAGGAAGAACCCACAGAAGGCGGCAAAAAAAAGUUUUCUUUCACCUCAUUUUAGUUCAAAAACGAACAAAUACCUUUCCUUGAAUUUUCUCAUUCUCUUAGAGAGCUGGUUGCAAAUGUUCAGGGAAAGCAGGUAUGAAAGAAGGAGCCUGAAUCCCUGCUUAAUGUGCAAAACAACUUUGUUUUACCAUUGCAGUUUCCACUAUAGUUCCCUGCUUACAGCAGAACAUCUGCCUUGUUUGCCUUUCUGAACAGUAAAAUCUCCCAGGCUUCUUUCUGUUCACGUUUAAAUAUUGUAGUUUUACAUUUCAAUAGAAGACAAAUUCCACCAAGGAGAGAUUAUCAAAAAAGAUCAUUUGCACACAAAUGAAAACACCUGUGUUUUAAGACUAUUGCUUUUUAUCCUUUAAUGGCACAAAACAGUAGGGGGUCAUUCCAUCAGCUAUUUGUUGAUGAGAGUGGUUAUAAGAUAAUACACUCUUAUCUCAUAGGUUCUUUCAGGCCUCUUCUGGGAUGCAGGCUCCCUAGUAUUUGGUCAGUACUGCUUUUACAUCAUCACAUCCCGAACGGGGUUAAAAGCUGCCUCCGCAUCCAAAGAAAUCAACAAGCUUUAAACAUACUUGUGAAGGGAGGUACUGAAGUACAUGACAGAAUCGUGGAUCUGUGUUUAGAGGUAGAUCUCCGAGUUACUUCAGCCAAGUUCUGGUUAUGUGUAAUAAAGCUGUUCCCAUGGGAGUGCA